AUGCUAUCCGGGGGUGCUCGCUGGGAAGCAGCAGGGAAGAGCAGCUGCUGGGAAAAGCUGCUCCCUGGCUUUGAAGGGGUUUUAAGCCCUGGCUGGGUUUCUGGCCGGGCAGAGGGACCCCCUCCUCGCCAUCCCGCCAUGGUGGCGGUGGGUGCCGCGGGCAGGGUUCACGCCUUGGCAGGCCAGCGUGGCGCCAUGAUGGCGCAGGCGUGAUGCAGCUCCUGGCCCAAGGUCAUGGGGUGGGAUAGAAAUGUUUAAACAUUUCCUAGGGCAGGUUGCUUGCAGCUCUGUGCUUGUGCUCAGCUGGGGAGGAGGUAGUCGUGCAGCCCCUGCCUUCCCCCUUCCCCGGCUUCUGCCUUCCCGACCACAGGAAGAGGAGCUCGAGCCUCGCGCUGCCCAGGGAAUGCUGUGCUGCUUUUUGAGCCAGGAAAGUAACUUUUUUCUUUUUUUAAUAUAUAUGUGGCAGAAGACCUAGAAGCUACUGGAAGGAAAUGGGAUGCAGCUAAAUCAAUUAAAUAGUUUAUUCAUUUCCGGGUGUGUGUGGGGGUGGGGACAGCCAGGUCUAAAAUGAUCCUAGGUUUUCCUGAGGGUAAAUUCAUGUAAACUUAUACUUUGGCUUUAUUCCUUGAGACUUCUCUGUCCGUUUUCUGAUUUGCUUAGAUAAUUUGUUCAGCUUGUCAGACAGUGACUCCCGGAAGUGCUGGUCACUCGGACCAGCUUUUGCAGGCAGGAAAAUGGGUAAUGGGGUUCCAGGUUUUCUAAGUAGACGUAGAUGGAUCAGGUCCUGCCUAAUGAACAUCUUAAUGUCAUGAAAAGCUUAGGAAAGGCUUCUGGUCAGGCAGGAUCUCCUGACUGCCUAUGGAAGCAGGAGGGAUUCAGGCUGGCUGCCUGUUUCAUUCCAGGUGUCGGGUCAGGACUUCCCAGGACCACGUGUGUGGCUGCCACCCAGAACCGGAGGGGAAUGACCCUCUCUGCCUGCCUGCUGCGUUCUCCACCUGUAAACGUCGCUGGGGGCAGGCUUGUUAGGCAACCUGGAAUAAGUCUGAGAUAAAACUUAUAGCAAGAACACCCUGGGUUCUUCCCCGUCCCCUCACCCAGACACCCCAAGGGAUGCCUGCCUAGGUUGCAAUUAGUGUGGAGACCAGGCAAGCAAACAGGAUGAGUACAUGUGUCUGGGUAAUUGCUAAAGCUGUGCUUCUUGCCAGGCCUUAGCUCUUUCGGCUGGCACUGCCAUUGCUGUCCUUGGUUGCCCCUCACAUAGACCUGCAGGACAUCAAAUCUAAAUAGUGAGGUUUCACAAUGUAAUCGAUCCAGAUUUUCUGUUUAUCAAUUAGGUGAAAACCAUAAAGCCCUUAAAAUAGCAGGCUUUCCUGCCUGGUGUGCUUCAUCAGCCAAACCCAGAGCAUCCCCCACAACAAAGGCACUGAGCAUUGCACCUCUCCCAUCCUCCCGUGGGAUCCCUGGGCUCAGGUUAGGAAGGUCAGAGGUACAGAGCCCUUUGCUGACCGUCAUGGAGCCCACAGCUCACAGCCAGCAGGAGGCAUCCACCCCUUCCAGCACAGAGACAGCAGAAGACCUGGCCUUCAAGUUAAAUGCUGCUGUGAGGGACAGUAAUAAAGAAGAUGUGCUGAGGCUGCUGGAGGAAGGGGCAGAUGUGAACUCCAAAGCAGAAAGUGGCUGGACACCGCUGCAGAGUGCUGUGCAAGCUAAUGAUGAGGACCUGGUCCAGCUUCUGCUGGACAAGGGUGCUUGUCCACAUACCAGGAAGGACAACGGUGGCACGGCAUUUACCGAGGCAGCGAUAGCAGGAAAUGUGAAUAUACUAAAGCUCCUCCUUGACCGUGGGUUAAAUAUUAAUGACCAUGACGAUAACGGCUUCACAGCUUUCAUGGAGGCUGCAUGGUAUGGGAAUGAAGAAGCCCUGAAAUUCCUGUUUAGUAAAGGAGCAAAUGUGAAUUUGAGGAGGGCAGUUAGUGAAGAGAAAGCGAACCUGCAUAAAGGAGGUGUGACAGCACUGAUGGAUGCUUGUCGGGAGGGCUACUUCUCAGUUGUCAAAACUCUUGUCCAAGAGAUGGGGGCUGAUGUGAACAUUCGUGACAACAAAGAUAGGAAUGCCUUGAUCCAUGCCCUUAAGAAAGGUUGUGCCAAGGAAAAAUACGAGUCUGCUGUCUCCAUAGCCCAUUUCCUGCUGGACUGCGGUGUUGAUGUGAAAAGCAAAGAUGAAUGUGGGAAAACUGCCCUCAUCCUAGCUGUUGAAAUGCGGAGCCCAGAUUUGGUGAAAACUUUAUUGGAGAAGGGUGAAAUAGAUAUUGAUGAUGCAGAUGAGGAGGGCAACACAGCACUGAUGGUGGCUGUAGAGAAAAAUGAUUGCGACAUAGCAAAGCUGUUGUGUGAAAAAGGAGCACGGACUGAUGUUGGGAACCUUAUCGCUGUUGCAAAUCGGAACCGCGCUCAUAAUAUGGCACGUCUUCUUCACCAGCACAAUGCCAGGUUUGUUCCAGAAACCCUCAAGGACUGGGAGCCAAACAGCAAGCGCUGGAGGGACCAGCUGAAAAAACUUUAUGCAAUAUAUCGCCCUAUGAUUGGCAAACUGAAGACGUUUCAAUACAUCAAGCAGAGAAUUCACAACACCUCCCAGGGCGGCAUCUACCUGGGGCUCCACGGUGGGACAGAGGUAGCAGUAAGGAUAAGCCGCAGUACAGAGGGUGACAAAGAGAAAAGAUUCUUCGAACAAUGUGGUAGCUGUGAAUGCCUACUGAAGCUUUUCCAGUUUGAGAAGGCGAAAGGCUACAUGUAUUUGUGCUUCCCCCUCUGGGAGAAAAACCUUGAAGAACAUCUGCAGGAACCAGAAGACCAAAUGUACUACAAAGAUGCUCUGAAGAUGAUAUUCCAGGCAGUGAGAGAGCUGCACUCCCUCGGAUUUGCUCACCAGGAUCUGCAUCCCAGCAACUUUUUCAUAGAUUUAGGUGGCAAAAUUUACUUGGCAGACUUUGAUAAUAAAAGGAAGUUGAUUGAAGACAAAAAAGAACUUGUAAACUCAGACUUAGAGGCCCUCAGGAGGCUCGUGCUGUAUGUUUUGACGGGGGGUAGGAAACCCCUUCAGCAAGUCAGUACUGAGGAUCUGGCUGCUGAUUCCCCUGACUACCAUGAGGCUCUGGACCUUGUAAGUAGUCUGGUCUCUCACGAUGAACGAGGCUUGGAAGGUUUGAGCAAACAUCCCUAUUUCUGGAGCAAACAGACGAGGUUCAGGUUCCUGAAGAGCAUAUGGAAUAAAAUCAAAGAUCUCCAGAACCGAAAAACUGUCUUUCAAGCUCCUAAUCCUACCAAAAGUUUUCCUUAUCCACGGUGGACCAAAAAGAUUGACAAAGAUGUUCUGAAUAUCAUGGAAAAUCCUAGGAAAGGAGUACCAUUUAAAUAUAGCAAUGAUGUCACAGACCUACUGAGGCUCAUCAGAAACCUGGAUGAACACCCAGAUACCAGGAUCACUGCCAAAAUAGAAGACCAUGCUGAGUAUUUCUUGAAGCUUUUUCCAGCACUUACCAUUUAUGUCUACAACAGGUUACGCCAGAAUCCCAAUUACAGUCACUUUGCAGACAUUCAGGACCCUUCUCCGUAGGAUGUCGUUGCCUCCUAUCCCAUGCCUGAUCCCACCACCACUACCUCCUUUUAUUCCCUAUUUCUUCAUCUGCAAAAGAGUUGAAGAAAGUGGGUAAGGAGAUGGGAGACAGCACAUGCAGGGGCAGAGCAUGGAGAACUUGGGCUAAGAAAUGAAAGAUGCUGCAGAAGUGUUGGUGUAACAACCAUGAGCUUUGGAGUGGAGCUAAGCUGAAUGCCAGCCCAGGCCCCCCUUGACUACCUCUGGCCCUCUGGGCUUAUCUUCCUGUGUGAAGGGGAGAUUAAGGUCCCGAUCCUUACAGAGAGCUGGGAGAUGUGGGACAGCUCCCACAUACCCAAUGCAUCUGGGAGGCAGGAGAAGAGCUUGGGCAUUGCCAGACAAUGUGAGGCUCUGAUAAAGGAAAAGGACUUGGAGCUCCUUGCUAGCAUCAAUAUUGCCUACUGCUUGCGCUGAUAAGCUGCUCAUCUACCCCUCAGAUGACAUGGGUUCUCUCUUCUUAGCCUUCCUGAAACACAGCAGCCAGGAAAUGUGAUGUCUAGGCAAUGGUCUGGCUGUAGAGCUGCCCUUGGCCUGUUGUCCCUCUGAUCUGGUAGAGGCUCACCUAGGCCAGCCUGCUGGGACCUGAAGGACGACUUCUGGGGGAUGCCGGAGUUGUUUCCACAAGGAAUAGAUGUAAGGAGCCUGCUCCCACAACACUCCGUGGCUGUGAGCAGCCCUCACUCACCUGAAAAAGGUCGCUGACAUCAAGGGGGCUGCAGGGACUGGUUCCUCCUGGAGAGGACUAGCUCUGCACCUGCAAGGCAGGGCUGUGCACAAGCAUUCCUUGUCUCCAAAACGGUGCUGCCGGUGGUGUAUGACCGGCCGCCUGCCAGGCUCGUCUCCCUUGCAUGGAGCUGUGCCCAUACAGCCAUAGCAUGCAGCCAGCUCGGAGCUUUGAUGUUGGAGGUUGGGUGGCACAAACCCAUUCCUGCAAUCCUACGGCAUGCAACGUGCAUCUGAUUGUCCAAGGGCUUGCUUGUUUCCCUGCUAAUGCUCAGAUUUGCACAAUGAUUGUAUGUUGCUUAUGGAAAUAUUUUUCAGCUGUUGAAAACAUGUUUAAUUUUUUUCAAACUGGGACUGUUAUGUUUUUUCAAUUAGCCUAAGGAGAUCCAAACUUGGAAUAAACUCGCCUGGAAAACUGA